GAAAAGAGGUUGACCAUAUUCCAUGAGUAUGGGGCUCUGUCCCACGCGCGCUUCGCGCGCGCGGGAGCCCCGCUAUUAGCAAAGGGAUCGUUUAUUUCGGUGGUUGGUCGAUUUUGUUUGAAAAUAGCUAUAUCCCUAUACUGCUUAUUGCUCCAUUUUGUUCUUCUUUCUAGUACGAACUGCUGCUGUAUUCCUUAGAUGGGCGUUGCUUAUCAAGAUACAGUGCUUAUGAGUUUGCACUUGGAAUCAAGUCUGUCUGUUGGUCACCUUCAAGUCAGUUUUUAGCAAUUGGCAGUUUUGAUGAGAAGGUGCGUGUCUAUGAAUUAAAAUAAUCAAGGAUGGCCUUGUUAACUAAUUUGAUGGAUGAGAUCGUUUUGCUGAUUAAUCGCUACUUAUUAUUUGAAAGGCAGAAUUCAGAAUUCAGUAACUACUGCCCUUACAGACAUUCUUGCCAGUUAAGAACAAAAUAUUAAACACUAACUCAAUGACUUACCCCGAGGGAAACAGUUAAUUUUGUUUCCCGAGAAUCUCAAUGUUUCCCGAGGCGGGGCCGAGAGAGACAUUAGGGCCAUUUAUACGAGGAAAAAUAAGACGCGUCUUACAUAAGACGCGUCUUAAAUAAGACGCGAACUGUACCAUUUAUACUAGCAUGUCUUAUCUAAUAAGACGCGUCUUAGCUAAGCCGCGUCUUAUUUUAGACGAAAUGUGCCGUUUAUACGGAAAGUUCGCGUCUUAUUUUUCCUCGUAUAAAUGGCCCUAUUGAGGUUCGAGAGAAACAAAAUUAACUGUUUCCCUCCAGACCAGCCUUUAAGUGAUGUGUUAUAUAGCCCACGAAUAGCAACUUUUUCCUGUACAAAUUUAUAAAAAUAAAUUGCUCUGACGUUAUACAUUUUGCAAUGUUGACCGCUCAGAGAUUUUGGCGGUACACAGUUUCAUUGUCAGAUGUCAUGUGACCUCGAAGUAACUAAACCAAUGAGAACGCACACUGUUGGGAAAAAAAAAUCCAGCCAUAUAACACAGAGUAUUAUGUGUAAUGUAGCAUUUGAUUCUUGCAUUUCAGUGUCGCAUUCUUAACAACGUUAAUUGGAAAAUAGUUGCAGAACAUCACCAUCCGCAUACUGUGGAUUCUCCCUCUGUGGUGAGUACAAACUACCUGUCACAUUCAGUUGUGUCAAGCAGAUUCAUUUUAGGAAUUGGCCAAUCAGAGCCUCAGUCAUUAGGCCUACGUCAUGCGGUAUAUAAUUGCGUAUGUCUUGGGUGUGGUCGCUUCUUUGUAAGAUUUCAGACUUUUGAAUACAGUUUGAGACGAAACUGUAACGCGGGGGUAAUGAAAUCGAAGUAAACAGACUGAUACCAAAGAAAACUAAGCAUAAAACGAUCCGCUAACACUCGUGUACUUCAAUCUUAUUUUCGUUAGAUUGUCUACAAAGAAGUAGAAAUGAAGCCACCCCUCCUGAGAGGAGAAAUGAUGCCACCUGGAGGAUUUACAGUGCAGAGUAAAUGUAAAGUUCUUCAGAUAAUUCACUUUUCAUGACAUUGCAUCUAUAAUAUAUCCUGUAACUACAAGCUACGUGUAUUAUCUUUAACUUACUGGCCAACUCAAGCAUAACUCGAAACAGUAGAGUGAGCAAAUUUAUGAUAAUAAUAAUAGUAUUGUUGAAUAUAAUCCGUGGUGAUAAUGAUGAUGAUAAUUAUGAUGGUGAGGAUGAUAUGAUGAUAAUGAUGAUAGGGACCUUAAGCAACUAAGACGACGACGGCAGUGAAAACAUUACUAAAAAAAUGAGUUUGCGUCCUUUCAAACUUUAUCGCGUCUAUUUUGAACCGCUGAAUUCGUCAAAUGUAGGUAACUUUUCCUGGAGUUGAAUUCGUAAGGGCUUUAUCCACGUUCAAAUAAGGAAAGGAAAAUUUGUCGUCGUAUGUCCACGUCCUCUAUAAAACGUCGCAUUGGGACGUUUUACGUCGUAGUCGUGCAGUUGACGUCAAAGAAAUGUACUAAAAAGCGUGAUGCGCGUGCAAAGCUGUUGUUUUGGUCAUAAAACCAAUUGUUUUUUGACGGUUGUUGUAGUCGCCGCCGUCGUAUUUGCUUAAGGUCCCUGAUGAUGGCGACGACGACGACGACGACGAUGACGAUAAAGAUGAUGAUGAUGAUAAUGAUGAUCAUCCCGAAAAAAGUUUAUCAAAAAUCCAGCAACAAAAAUAACCAUAGCGGAAAUAGGACGCAGAACUUAAUACUCACAUUUAGAGUCUUCACAGCAAACAGCAUAGCAUUUUAGCGUACAGACGACCACUUAAAUCGCGAUAUGAUUGGCCAGUCGGAAAGACAGCCAUAGUUGGUGGUUGUAUUUAAACCCCUUAACUGACACUACACAACCCUACACGAGUCGGUCAGUAUUUGUAUUUUAUAACAAAAUAUCAAAAUCCCUCAACCUGAAUUUCAUGUAAGGUGUUUCUUUCUGUAUGCUAUUGUACUUCUUUUCUCUUCCGUUUUUCCUAUGAAAUUUAAUAUCGCCCUUAUUUAAGAUUAGAUUAGCGUAAUAGCUGUUUGCGGGGCAUAAAGUAUUGUAGGCUUUAUAGUUCUGUUUAAUAAACACUACAUUGUUAUCGUUGUUGCUGUUGUUGUUGAUUUAUUUAUUUAUUAUUUUUUCCUAGAUGAGGUACAGCCAGUGCCAUUCCAGCUCCCCUCAGUGAAACCUGACCCAGAAAAACCAAACCCCAAACUGGGUGUUGGACAGGUCGCUUUUAGUAAUGAUAACAGAUUUUUAGCCACUAAAAAUGGUAAUUAACUCUUAACUUUAAUUCAUUACCCUCCGAUAGAUAGCCGUGCAGUUAUGAAGUGGUCACUUUCAUUCCUACCAGCUGUUGUCUUAUUUCUCUUUCAGACAACAUGCCCAAUGCUCUUUGGGUGUGGGAUUUACCUAAAUUAUGUCUCACUGCAAUUUUACUACAGUCAAACUCAGUUAGAGGUUUGUAUAACCAUGUAUAUUUUACGUAUAUAUUUUAGUUUAUUUAUUUAUUUAUUUAUUUAUUUAUUUAUUUAUUUAUUUAUUUAUUUAUUUAUUUAUUUAUUAUGUUCAAGUUUCACAGUACGUAUGCGUGUUUGCAAGUCCUCCAAGUUUAGCCGAUAAAAAAUUCGCAAGAUAUAUGCUCUGGCCAGAACAGAUGUCUUUUGCAGGGUGUGGCUGCGGCACUCGGCUUCAAUAGAGAUUAUUAUUAUUGUUAUUGUUGUUGUUGUUAGGAUCAGUGAUUCAAUGGGAAGUCUUUCCUUGGUUGCAACGAUGACGCCUUUAAUUAGACAUUGUCCCAUAUCACUUUAAUUUCUUAAACUCAAACCAUUCUAGAUUAAUUCACGAUCAGUUUGCCGCGCUAGGCGCGAACUUCAUGUUCACUUUAUUUCAGGUCCCGAGGGAAACAGUUAGUUUUGACAUCUAUUUCACUUUAUUUUCGUUUUGUAGCUUUCCAGUGGGAUCCUAAACAACCCCGACUGGCGCUUUGUACAGCAAAUAACAAGCUUUACAUGUGGUCGCCCGCAGGCUGUGUGUCAGUGGUCGUACCCACCGAAGGUAGGGUCAUUGCAAAACGCUAAUUUACUUUGCAAUCAUCCCUCUAGCACGCUGAGGUAUUUUCAAACGACCUUCAUUUUCAGAGGUACCUAUUAUAGCAUAAAGAUACACUUCUCGGCGAACAGAACUUGAGAAAUUUAUGACCCCUUUUCCGAUAACCAGUUUCGUUCUGUACAACCACAAGGUUAUCAUCUUCUCUUGUUGGUCGUGUUUAGACUGUACUUUGUGUGAUGUCCUCUUCGUUUUAAACAUAGCUUUCCCAGAUGUGAUAUUAAGUGCCUGUUGGAGAGGAUUAAAGAAAGCGAAACACUCAUACGUGCAAGUGAUGUUGGAAUGUGUUGUUAUGAAUUUGCAUGAUCUACUUUUAGCUCGCAAAAGCGGGCUUACAAACGUUAAUCAAAUUACCUGCUUUUGCCACUUAAACACUGAAACACAACAACAACAAAGGACAACAAAGGAUCUUUUUGUUUGUUUGUUUGUUUGUUUUUAUUUCCCAUGCACAUUCCAUGGUUUGUUUUUAAUCACCAUGCACAUCUAGGAAAGCUGUGUUCAUCACGGAAGCAGCCUUUAUAUAAAGCACGGUUCGCAACUAAAAUAAUUAUUAAACCUGUGUUACAACUUUUUCCCAUUGUUUUAUGCUUUCUUUGUCAUCUCUUGUUUCAGCACCAUUUCACGUCACCUCAUUGCAGUUCCACCCUGAUGGUAACAUUCUCAUGCUUCUUGGGAAAGAUCAGAUGUGUCUUUGCUUUCUCACGGAUCCAAGAACAUAGUAUCAUGUUAACGGUGCCUCUUCUUCUAUGAGCUUAGUAUUGUAAAGCUUUAAAGCUAGGAUAAACCCCCGCAUUAAUCACUAUCUACCAGAUGAGAAAGCAGUUGUGUUAUGCAGUGGUUACUGUUAUGCAACUUGUUGAUAACUGAGGAACCGGUCUCAUAAAGUAUCCAAAGAUUUAGUUUACAUUUUCUGCGUACCAUUCCUUUUGCUGCGGAUCUUCUGGCACGGCGAUAAGGAUAUCUCGGCCGGUGACGGAUUAGCGAGUAUUAGAAAUAUAAAAGCAGCAAGAAAAAAAAUGCAUCAGUACUUAAGGAACAGUUGCAAAAACGCCCACUUAAUCUUAAUUUCCUUUUAUGCAGUCAGACACGGACAUUAAAAGGUAACUUUCUCAGGCGACACUUGCGCUGUAAAAUUAUAAUUGGUCUUCUGUUGUUCUUCUUCCAAACAUCGCACAGUAAAACUGCAAUGUGCAAUUCUGACAUUCAGUAAAUGUCUUUCGGCUCUUCAUAGAAUUGAUUCAGCUUCUUCCCUUAAACUGUCGAUCUGAGUUUUAAUCACAUUCUUGGUAAGAUGAUAAAAUCACUUGUUGUCACGUGACUAACAGCACCCCACCGAAUCACUCCUUUAACACUAAUUUGUUUUCCCUCCGUUAGAAUGUUGUGUACAUAGUUUUACCGGUACAUUUAUCGGUGUACAACAGACUAAAUGCCUGAAGAAGUUAUUAAAAACGGUUCACUCUAGAACUAUGACUGCAUGACAAGGG